AUGUGGCAGCGCCCCGCGCGCCCGUCCCGUCCGCCGCCUUCCCUCCCCGGGGGGCCGCCCCUGAACGCCGCCCCUGCCCGCAGGUCCAGCGCGGAGCUGCGCAGGGAGAAGUCGCGGGACGCGGCCCGCAGCCGGCGCAGCCAGGAGACCGAGGUGCUGUACCAGCUGGCGCGCACGCUGCCCUUCGCGCGCGGGGUCAGCGCGCACCUGGACAAGGCGUCCAUCAUGCGCCUCACCGUCAGCUACCUGCGCAUGCGCCGCCUCUGCGCCGCAGGUGAGCCCGCCCCCGGGAGUCCACCGCGGGAGGCCCCGCCCCCACGAGGCCCCGCCCCCGGGAGACCAGGUUCCGCCCCCACGAGGCCCCGCCCCCGGGAGUCCCACCGAGGGAGGCCCCGCCCCUGGGAGGCCAGGUCCCGCCCCCACGAGGCCCCGCCCCCGGGAACUCCCACCGCGGGAGGCCCCGCCCCAGGGAGUCCCACCGCGGGAGGCCCCGCCCCUGGGAAGACCCCGCCCCCGGGAGGCCAGGUCUCCCCCCCGGGCCCCGCCCUCCCCAGGCAUCGAGGCCCCGCUCCCUGA